CAUGUCCCGGCCGCCGCAGCGGCUGGAUCGCCGGCAGGAGCUGCCCCGGCUGCCCAGCCCGGCGGAGCGCGGAAUGUGCAACCUGGGAAAUGUUAUUGUGAUCUGAUUAACUUCAGCAAGUGUAUUCUGGACUGAAUUUGCCAGGCCUCCUAUUCUGUGCAACCAUCUCUCCUGCUGGUGACGAGGUUUCUUAGCAAGACCAGACGGAGCUCAGCCUUCCACCAUGCCUGUGCCUCCCCCUCCAGCUCCCCCUCCACCCCCAACUCUUGCCUUGGCAAAUACUGAAAAGCCAUCCCUGAGCAGGUCAGAACAAGCAGGGCGAAAUGCUCUAUUAUCUGAUAUUACCAAAGGAAAAAAGCUGAAGAAGACUGUUACUAAUGACAGAAGUGCUCCGAUUCUAGACAAACCCAAAGGACCUGGUGGAGGCGGCGGCAGUGGCUUUGGAGGAGGUGGUGGCGGCGGUGGUGGUGGUGGUGGCAGCUUUGGUGGUGGUGGCCCACCUGGCCUUGGAGGCCUUUUCCAAGCAGGAAUGCCAAAGCUAAGAUCUGCUGCGAGUCGAGAUGCUGAUGCCGGGGCCGCCCGCCCGCCCGCCCUGCCGCCCGGAGGCCGCUCCGCAGCCCCCAAGCCCUUCUCUCCGCCGAGCGGCCCGCCGCGCUUCCCGGGGUCGCCCUCGGGGCCGAGGACCGCUGCUCCCGAGCCGCAGAGGAGCCGCAUGCCGCCGCCGCCCCGGCCCGACGCCGGCUCCAGGCCCGAGGCCGUGCCGCCCCCGGUGCCCAGCACGCCCCGGCCGAUCGCCUCCAGCCUGCACAGCAGGGGCUCGCCGCCGGUGCCGAGCGUGAGCCGGCAGCCCAGCCUGGGGCCGUCGCCCCCGCCCUUCCCGGGCAGCCGGAGCGGGGGGCCAGCGGGGCCCAUCCGGCAGCCCGGCCCCAGCGCCUCGCCCGCCUUCUCGGGCCGGCCGCCGCUGCCGCCCACCCCGGGCCGGCCGGUGGAGGACAAGCCGCCGCCCCCGCCGCCCCCCGCCGGGCACCGGCCGCCCUCGGUCCGGGAGGCGGCCCUGCCCCCGCCGCCGCCGCAGAACAGCAAGCCGCCCGUGCCCUCCGCCCCCCGGCCCGCCCUGGGCGCCCCGGCGCCCCCGCCGCCCCCCAGCAGGCCGGGGCCGCCCUCUGUCCCUCCCGUCCCCGGCGGCAGCGACGAGAUGCCGCGGCUGCCCCAGAGGAAUAUCUCGCUGGGGUCUUCGCCGGCGGCUGGCGGCUCGGGGGGCCGCUCCGGACCCCUGCCCCCCCCGCCCAGCGAGAGGCCCCCGCCGCCAGUCAGAGACCCCCCCAGUCGCUCAGGCCCUCUCCCACCACCUCCUCCCAUAAGCAGGAAUGGAAGCACUUCAAGGGCUUUGCCUGCUACUCCUCAGCUGCCCUCCCGGCCAGGGCUGGACACCCAGAGAGGUGGACCACGAGUGCCUCUUCCCCCUGACCGGCCGGGCUUGGCAGCGCCGCCACCGCCACCACCGCCUUCAUCAGCUGUCAGAAACGGCUUCCAGGAUCCAGGGGAUGAUGAAUGGGAAAGCAGAUUUUCUUUUCAUCCUAUAUCCGAUUUGCCACCUCCAGAGCCAUAUGUACCCAUGAACAGAAGUUAUCCCAGUAAACUAGCAAGAAAUGAAAGUAGAGGUGGUUCUGGCAGAAAAGAGAGAGGUGUCCCCCCGCUUCCGCCUAUACCAAGGUGAAAUGGAUUCUGGCCCAUCUUCGGGCAACACCUGUUUUCAAGUUUCCUUCGAGUCAGCUCUCCUGUCUACAUCAUUGGAAAGUUGUCUGUUUUGCUUUAUUUCCACUUUUGGCUGUCAGCUGGAACAAACUUCAGUCUCUAUUACAGAAGUAAUAGAUGCAGCUUAUGAACUAUCGUUGCUCAAAGCUAUACAUUUUAUUUGCUUAUGCUGCAGGCUGUCAUGAAAGACGUUUUGUGGACCAUACACAACAUACGUGCAUCAUGUGUCCAGCUCUGUCCCCUCGAGAGCUCCACAGGAGGUCUGGCUUUGAAUAUAAUGAGAGCUGGACAAAGCUGUUUGAUUCACUUUGGGUACAGUGGCUGUACUAUUUGAAUGACGAAGUACAAUCUAUUUUCUGUUUAAAAAAACAGUUGCUGGGGAAAACCAUGUAGCAAAGAGUCCCCUGGAUCCUUCUGUGCAUGUCUAACUUGGCCCAUCUGCUUCUGCAAGCUAUAGACCUACUACACGGUGACCAAGAGUUCAUCCUAAGCCUUUUCACUUCAGCUUAGCCAAGCAAAUCUUAUUUUACACAAUAGAUAGAACAUCCUGCCUCAAGGAUGCAGUAUGUCUGGCCUUGUUUUUAACUGUGGAGAAUCUUCCAAAGAAAAGCACAAGUGAAAAAUUCAGCAGCAUAAUUUUUAUAUCUUUUUUUUAUCCAUCUUCCCUUUUUAAUAUAGUGUUAUGCGUGUAGUACCUAAUUCUUUCCUACUCUGAUGUGGACCAACCUACAGUCAUCAGUGUCCUGGGUUAUUGUCAUGCCCUCUGCCUGAGACUACAUGCCAAGACUCCUCAGAAUUGGUCUUGGUGCAAAUGCAGCAGUUACUGUAGCUGCAGGCUCCUCCUGUGAGGCAUUGCUGACACCAGUGCUUCCCAGCCUGCUUUGCAGUUGGUUUCUUAGGUACAAUUAAAUGAUAGGUUUGACUUCCUGGGGCUUAGGUGACAAGUCUCAGAGAGAGUGUUUUUGACUUGUGUUACAGUAGAGCAGCUGAGGUAAAAAUGUGUAAGUGAAAACCCUUUGAUGUAGCAAAGGAGGUCUGGGGUUUUUGUGUUCAAGUGGGAGCAUCAGCUCCAGACUUUGCUGUUUGCACUGGUUCAAGAGAAAUGGGAAGAUUUGGCCUUCUGAGUUUACCAUGAAGCCUGUCCCUUCAAACUUUGCUGAAAGGAGUCUCUGCAGAGAGCUGCAAGGCUUACAUUAAUAGAAUAGAGUGUGAAGUAUCCUAACAUUGUGACAAUUGAUUAAUAUGUUUAAUUGCUUUUUAAUUUUUUGUGUGAGAAAAGAGUUUAUUGUAUGAGCACAUUCUACAAAUGUAUCUUAGCACAUACAAAAUGCUAUUGGAAGUUAGAGAAAGAUUAUAAUUCUGAAUUUGAAAUAUUGCUGAAUGAUAGCUCUUUGCUAAUUGAACUUUUGAAGGUUAGCUUUGAAAAAUACCUCUUCUGUUUCUCCAACAAUUUCUGUUUCUUUAAUGUCCUCCUUGGGAUCCCUACCAAGCCUGUAUCAGCAGCACUGCUCAAAAAAAAAA